CAUCCCAAGCGAGUUUAGCAGCUCAACGAGAGGUUUAGAAAUGGCGGUCAAGUUUGUGGUUCUUCUUGGUUUUGUCCUGACCUUUCUUCUCGUCUCACAGGAUUUGGCAUAUGCUAGAGAGCUCGCUGAAACCAAUGAGUCUGAAGGAAAAAAUGGGAAACCUGGAGAAGCGCCUGGACUCAAGGAUGAGAAGUGGGGAGGUGGAUACAACGGAGGAUAUGGGAACGGAGGUGGUUAUGGUGGAGGUUAUGGUGGUGGGUAUGGGCCUAGAUAUGGUGGAGGAUACCACCAUGGCCACGGAGGAGGCUAUGGGCCCGGAUAUGGUGGAGGAUACGGAUCUGGACACGGUGGUGGGUAUGGUGGCCCUGGAUAUGGUCAACCUGGGUAUGGUGGAGGAUAUGGCGGAGGGUAUGGUGGUGGCUAUGGAGGAGGAUAUGGUGGUGGCGGCGGGUAUGGUGGAGGUGGGGGCUAUGGAGGUGGAUAUGGCGGUGGCGGUGGCGGCAACCCUAGGGAUGGACAUCAUGGUGGAUUGAAUUAAGAGGGCACAACUACAUAUGUUUCUCUAUAUCAAAUAAGUAAUGUGAGGUGAUGAUGGAUUUGAAUGAUGCAUGGCAAUUUGGUGAUACAAAACAUGUCUAGAUUUGGUAUAAAACAUGGUGUACUGUUGUGUACAUGGUAGAUGGAAUCUUGUCUUGCAUGAAGUGUGAUAAUAAGAGCUAGGCAGGUUGCUAUGUGUGGUAGUGUGCCCAGCUGGCUUUUAGAACUGGUACCUCAUCAUGUAUGGACCAAUAUAUACAUAUAAAUAAAUAACUAUCCUUUAAA